UGGCCGCUCCAGGGGGAAAAAUCCUUGAACAGCCGGACCGGAAGGCGAGUCCAGUUUUCGAAGCUGGGAAGAGAAUCCUGCCAGCAAGAAGGCAAGAUGGGGAACAGGGGAAGCUCGGAGCAGAGUGUUUGUUCGCAGUUUCUUCCUGAGGAGCAGGCGGAGGUGGAUCGAUUGUUUGAUGCCCUGUCAUCGGAGAAAAGCAGCUCAGCCUCGCCUAGAUCCUUUUCUCUGAAGGCACUCAAGAGCCACAUCGGGGAAGCGCUUCCCCCGGAGAUGGUCGCCAGACUGUAUGAUGGCAUGCGGAGAGUGGACCUGAUGAGACCGGCAAAGGGGCCCAGCGAGAGCGUCUCCCAGGAGCAGUUCACAGUGUCCAUGUCCCACCUGCUGAAAGGGAGUUCCAGGGAGAAGAGCUUCAUGAUCCUGAAGAUGAUUUCCGCCACAGAUGGCCCUGUGAAGGCACGCGAAGUCCAAAAGUUCACAGAGGACCUCGUGGGCUCUCUGGUGCACGUGCUGAGCCACAGGCAGGAGCUGAGAGGCUGGACGCAGAAGAGAGCUCCCGGCCCCCCGCCCAGGGUGCAGGCUCUGGCUGCGCAGCUGCUCUCCGAGGUGAAGUUUGCAGACGGCAAGAAGCUGCUGGGGCCUGAGCAGCUGGACUGUGACUGCGACCCCGCCGUGAUCGAGGACUGGGUGUUCAGGGCCCACCUGGUGGCCACGUUCCUGAGCGUGGUCAUCCACAGGGGCUUUUGCCUGCCCUGGUCCCUCGAUCUGGCCACGCUGGUCCCCGAGCGGCAGGUUGACCAGGGGCAGGAGUUUGACAGCGUCCUGGACCUCCUGUCGGUCAUCUACGUCAACGCCCACCUGCCCAGGGAGCAGCAGCACCGCUGGCACCUGCUCUUCUCGUCCGAGCUCCACGGCCACAGCUUCGCCCAGCUCUGCGGGCGCGUCCCACACCGCGGGCCCUGCCUGCUGCUCCUCGAGGACCACGACGGCCACGUGUUCGGGGGGUUUGCCUCCUGCUCCUGGGAGAUCAAGCCUCAGUUUCAAGGGGACAACAGAUGCUUCCUGUUCUCCAUCUCCCCCAGCAUGGCCGUGCACACCUGCACGGGCUACAACAACCACUACAUGUACCUGAACCACGGGCAGCAGACCAUCCCAAACGGACUGGGCAUGGGAGGGCAGCAUAACUACUUUGGGCUGUGGAUCGACGUCGACUUCGGGAAAGGACACAGCAAGGCCAAGCCCACGUGUACCACGUACAACAGCCCUCAGCUGUCAGCCCAGGAGGACUUCCGGUUUGAGAAGAUGGAGGUGUGGGCGGUUGGAGACGCCUCCUGCUCCAAGCUGGCCAACAGCGGCAAGAGCAUUCUGGAUGCGGACCCUGAGGCCCAGGCCCUGCUGGAGAUCAGCGGGCGGAGUCGCCACAGCGAUGGGCUUCGGCAAGCCCCUGACCAGGAGUGAGGAGGAGCCUGGACCGAGGGUGGUCCUGGAGCCGCGCGUGACCCCCUGGACAGAGCGCUCAGCCUGCAGACCUCCUCCCCAUCCUGUGGGUGCUUAGCUUUAACCGAGAGCUGCCUGGCCGUAUCCUGGAUGUGCUGACUCAGAACACAGCCACCCCUCCGAUGCCAUACGUUGAUGAGUGGGUGUGUCUCCCAGAAAUCCCGAGUGUCAAAUGGGCAACUUAAGUCCUGCACUUUGUAAAUUUUGUCUCACUGAAGUGCAAAGACACUGAGACACGUGAGACCUCUGUUGGAAUCCGCAUUUGAUGGGCGUGUGGGUUCUGUGUGUGGGGGUUUGGCCCGCUGCAGGGGUCACUUGGCCUCUGACCAGGUGUCCGUCACAGUUAAAGUGCCUUGACGUUCCGUUUCGACGGGUAAAGGACAGGCAUUUGGAUGGGAAUCGUGAUGCUUUUUUAUGUAUUAAUGGGGGAAAUGGCUGAAGAUUUCGGAGACAGCAGCAGCCUGGGUCUUCAGUAGGUGUCCAUGAGGCUCCACGUCUGCCUCCUCAGCUG